AUGUUGAGGGGGCAGCAACACAGCUGGCAGCACAACAACAUCAACCAGCACUGCAACCACGAGACGGGCACGCUGAGCAGCAUCAGCCUCAUCACCCUCACAUUCUCCCCCACGGUGCUGUGGCUUCCCCAGGCUUUGUUGCUGCCGGAAAUACAGGCCACCAGCUCCCAAUACCGCCGGCGGCGGCCAUCCAACAACUACAAGGCCCACAGCGAAUAG